UAAAUCAUGUCUUUUGCUUUAAAAAGAACAGUUGGACCAACCAUUCGACAAAUAAGAAGCCAUGUUGGCCCUACAGCAGCAACACGACUUGCUUUGACGGUAAACAUAUGAAGUUUGAUUGCCCAUAAUAUUCAUUUCGUAUAGCCACUUAUGACUGUAUUCCACACUCGAUUCAAUUCCACAGUAAGCCAGCCUAAAUACUCGGCCACAACCAAGAAACUCGUGUAUGGUUUAGCCAAAGUAUUAGGUUAUUAUUCUACUGGAUCCACAGCCAUUAAAGCCAGCCACAAUCUUUACAAGACGUGUGCUCAACAAAUGGAACUGAACAAAGGCUUUUAUAUUCAAGAAUGUAAUUUACCCGACAAUUUUCAAUCUUGGUUCGCAGUAACUCAGUUGCAUGUGUGGAUGGUCAUGGUUCAUCUUCGUGCAGAAGGACAAGGCAAACUCUAUAUUCAAGAACUCGUCAAUCGAUUCUUUGAAGAUGCAGAAGCCAGAAUCCGAGAACAUGGCAUCACACAACAAAAAGUGAUCAAUACUUAUAUUAAGGAUCUUUUGGCUCAAUUCCAUGGUGGUGUGGUUGCUUAUGAUGAAGGCAUGUGUAAAGAUGAUCCUGUCUUGGCUGCUGCCUUAUGGCGAAACUUAUUUGCCAUCUCAUCUAACAAUGCAACUCAUUUAGCUCUUGUGGUACAAUACAUUCGACGUGAAUUGCAAGCAUUGGAAAAAUACGGUGGUCAAGACUUAAAUGCUGGCAAGAUUUCAUUCCAAAAACCACUUGAUUGUAUAUAAUAAAAAUGGUUUUUCUUUUAUUAUUAUUAUUAUUAAACUUAGAUAUCCUUCUUGAGAGUACCCAUGAAUUGGUGCUUUUCGGCAGGAGUUUGGAAGCGACCGUGACCGAACUU